AUGAGCAAGGGCAAGGCGCGCGAGACGCACGACGGUGAAGAUGCCGCUGUGUGGGUCGAGAGCACGUCGCAUGCGGCGGGCUCAAGCGCCGCUGUGGUGCUACAGACCGUGCGCCUGCCAGCGGUGUCGAGCCCUGCUGCCAAUCAAGUGCCAGGCGUCAGCGUCGUCGUCAUCACCUACACGCCGCCGCAGUCCGCCGCGCUGCAGUUCCUUUCCCUCGAGCCGCUCGUGCUGCUGAAGCCAGCACAGACACUCGAGUCGCACGAGAACCCGGACGCGCAGCUGCACGUCCGCUAUCGGCAUUUGAGCCCCGAAGCACGAGCGCAGCAACUGCGCCUAGAACGACUCACUGCGCUCGACCCGACACGUGCCGCGGACCUGCGACCCGGCCAAGCGAAGCACACCGCAGCAGGGUCAGGGCUGCGCAUGGCUGUCAUCCUCAUGAACGCCGCGGACGAGCCGUUUGCUCGAGGAAGGCCUCCAGACGAGCAGAUGUACGGCGCAGCGGGAAAGGGCCUUGCGCUGCUUGUGCGCGCUUCCGCCUCGGCAUGUCGUGCGCUAUCGUCAAGCCUACGCCAGCCCCUGGUGCGAGGGCACAGCAUCAAAGAUGUGUCGGCGUCAGUGCGGCAGCUCGAUUUGCGUCUGCGCCAGAUUGCCGUCUGGCCAGCAUUAGGUCGUCGGCUGCGCGUGCAGCGCCGACACGAGCGGGUGCCAGUGUGCGAGCUGAGUGCGCGCUACAUUGGCCUCUGGAACGGCGUCUGGCUCGUCGCCAACGAUCUCAUUCUCGGCGGUGCCGUCGGCAGCUUCGUCUGCGAGCAUCACGAGCAGAUCGCGCAAGCGUGUGCCGGAUGGCUGCGCGACAACACCAUCGUGCAGGCCGACGAGGUGUUGGUCUGGCUGGGCCAGUGGCCCGGCGGCCUCAAGCUCAACGCCGAGCUCUCACUAUUCUUCGGCGACAUGUACCGCGGCACGAUUGACGUGUACGCGCUCUUCGUCUUUGCGCCUCUCGAGCAGGCGCUGCCGCGCCUCGUGUAUGCCAUCGGGCUGGCGGGCAGCCUCGCCGGCCUGACGAUGCUGCUCUCGCUCGCCGCGGAUCUGCUGGCUGUUGCGACACUGCAUCUCAGCAUACUGCACCGCAUCGCGCGCGCCAUUCUCGGCGCCUUCACCUCGAUGCUCUUUGCCCUCUUCCGUCUCUUUCGCGGCAAGAAGCGCAAUUGGCUGCGCGGUGGACGCAUCGACAACGCCACGUACGACGCCGACCAGCUGCUGCUCGGCACGAUUCUCUUCACCAUCCUCAUCUUUCUCUUCCCGACGGUCAUGACGUAUCACGUCGUCUUCGCGCUGGCGCGCCUCGGCAUCGUCUCGACGCGCGUCUUGCUCGACACGGCACUGGCGCUGCUGAACCAUCUGCCGCUCUUUGCGCUCAUGCUGCGUCUCAAAGAUCCGGCUCGGCUGCCGUCGAGCGUGCGUCUGGCGUGGGCCGCGCCACCCGAUGGCGAUGCGGACGGACACGAGCCGCUGCGCGCUGCACACUUCGAGCUGCACUCGGUGCCACUGGGCCUCGGCGACAUCUUCGCCGGCUAUUCGGACCACCUCGUCGGCCUUACGGCGCUGCCACGCCUCUGCCUCGGCGUGCUCACGGGCGCGCCGAUCGACCCCAUCGACACGAUCGCGCAGGGCUAG